AUGUCCAUCUGGGAAGAUACAGAGCAACAGGCGCUUCUUCGCCAAAAAAACCGCGCUACUGUUGAAAAGUACCUAAGCACGAGCGGCAUCAGCCGCGCCGAAUGCUUCAUCGCCGAUGGUAUCAAAGAGCUCACCUUUGCCACACAUGCCAGCCCAUUGUCCCCGGACAACAAGUCUCCCAUCAUCUUCAAGGGCCGUCGGGCUCUAGAGGAAAACUUCUGCUUUAAUGCAGCAAAUUUCUCCGGCUCGUGGCUGAACCCCAAAGUUUACGAGACGCAAGAUCCCAACAAGUUCUGGGUGGAGACUGCUCUAGAUGCCGUAUAUCUUGUCGAUGGCAGGAAGAUACCCUACAAACAACCUUACUACGUGAUGACAUUCGAAAUGAAAGAUGGUCUCAUAGAACGAUUUCGCGAGUUGUUCAAUCCAAUUGAGUUGAUCCGCACCCAUGGCUGCACUGAUAAAGAGGGCCUAUUUCGGCCAAACACCCCGAUUGUAUAA